AUGCCGCCGCGUACGCCAAAUAUGGCAAUCAGCCCGAUUUCUGCAUACACUCGCCCUCAUUGGCUGCCUCCUGCUCUCAUGUCUGACCCUCGCUUUGCCCGUUUCAAAACUGACCCUCGCUUCCGUCGCGUCAAAAAGGAGCAAUCCAAGGUCACCGUCGACGAACGUUUCAAGGGCUUGUUUGAGCAGCAGAAAAAGAAGGGAAAAAAGGGAAAAGGACAAGUCGACAAGUUUGGCAGGCCUCUCGCAGAUACACACGAGCAGGAUGAUCUCCGUCGAUUUUACCGGCUGGAAGAUGACCAAGAUGUACCCGAGCCCGAACCCAGUGCCGCUCCGGACUAUGCUCGUGGUGCAGUUUUGCUGGAAUCGUCGGAUGAGGGAGACGAUCAAGAUAACGAGGAUCCCCAGGAUAACGACAGCGAUGCUGAUGGAAUCAUUACCCUAGGACGUGACGUCUCUAAGCCGAUACUCGUGCUACCAGAGGAAGAAGCGGAGAUUGAUCUUGACGAGGACACAUUCGCAGAACUGGAUGCACAGGCUGCCGCAUAUGCAAGAGAAAACCCGAUAGAACCCUCGCCAAGUGUACCGGAUGCUCAACGUACGCGUAGGCUUGCGGUAGUCAAUCUCGACUGGGAUCAUGUGCGCGCCAUACAUCUAUAUAAAAUAUUUUCUUCCCUCGUAUCCCCGACAGGAACCACUGCAAUUUCUUCCUCCAAUGUUAUAGCAUCAGCGAGAAAAAUUAAACUGGGCGGUGCUACGGCACAAGUCGUACGUGGUCAAGUGCUGAGUGUUCGUGUGUAUCCAAGCGAGUUCGGGAAGAAGCGUAUGGCUCGAGAGGACAAGGAGGGUCCUCCACCUGAAUUGUUUAGGAACAAAGGCGAGAUUGAAGAUGAAGAAGAAAUCAAUGAGCGUACCAUCUUUGACGUCGGAGAAGGCGAAGACUACGAUGAAGACAUGCUGAGAAAGUAUCAGCUUGAGCGUCUGAGAUAUUACUAUGCUAUCGUAGAGUGCGACAGUGUGGAGGCAGCGUCACACAUCUACUCAGAACUUGAGGGGACGGAGCUAGAGCGCUCCGCCAAUGUGUUUGAUCUAAGUUUUGUGCCUGAGGACAUGUCUUUUGACGAUGAAUGUCGAGAUGAAGCUACAGGUGAUCUCAGCGUCCCAUACAAAGCUCUCGACUUCAGGACAGAUGCCCUUCGUCACUCAAAGGUCAAGUUGACCUGGGACGAAGAAGAUCCGGAACGCGCGCAGGUCACACGACGAUCGCUUUCACGCAAGGAGAUUGAAGAGAAUGAUUUCAGAGCCUACAUUGCUUCAUCUUCCGAGGAUGAAAUACAGCCAGCGCAAGACAAAGGUGCAAGUCACAGUUCAGCGUCACGAGAUAAGCUGCGCGCCCUCCUUCUGAGCGGAGGCGAUGAUCUUCCGGAAGGAUGGGGGACCGGCAAAAGCGACGAGGACGGUGUCGACAUGGAGAUCACCUUCACGCCGGGACUCAGUGCUGCUAACGAUGAUCGUGAUGAGACUACGUUAGAGAAAUACCAACGAAAGAUGAGAGAGAAAAAGAAGAAGCGGAAGGACGACCUGAAGAAGGACACAGCGGAGGCGGAUCCAAAAGCAAGCUCACAAGAUGAAUUCUUUGUUGCUGGAAGCGAAGACGAUGGGACGGGUACACGCCAGAAUCACGACAAGGCGAAACUCGGUAAGCAUAAGAAGGAAAAAUCUGAAAAAGAUAAGGCGGAUGAAUCGAAGACUCGACCCUUGGCUACUUCCGAGGAACUUGCUUUCGUCGCAUCGAACACAACUACUAGUGAACCAGUACAUUUCAACAUGAAAGCCGUGCUCAAGGCAGAGAAGAAGUUAAAAUUGAAGAAAGGGAAGAAGAAAUCCGUCGAUGACGAAAACGAACUUCAACAGGAUUUUAGUAUAGAUGUCAAGGAUGAACGAUUCAAAGCAGUUCACGAAGACCAUGCAUUCGCCAUCGAUCCUAGCAAUCCUCAUUACAAGAAGACGAAAAGCAUGUCGGCGCUGCUGGAAGAACGAACACGACGCCAGAAGGAUAAGCGUUCUAAACCUCCAGGAGCAUCCGCGAUAGAUAGCGGGGAUCACGCAUCCAACGAGUUGCAAGGUCUAGUUGAACGUAUCAAACGAAAAAGCACAGCACUUGAGCAGGCGGGGUCUGGAAAGAGACGGAAAAUCUAG